CUUCAGCAUCCACGGACCUCAAUAAGCAGACGAGCCAGCAGGAGGAACCAGAACAGACUAGCAUAGCCCCCAGCAGGAGAAAACGUUCAGUCUUCCACCUGUUUAACAUGAUGACCUGUGCCACAGACUGCAACCCUUUAGAUUAUAAGGGAUAUGGGUGCUACUGUGGUUUCCUUGGCUCUGGAGUUGUGGUGGAUGGCAUUGAUAAAUGUUGCAAGGGUCAUGAUUGGUGCUAUGAACAUGCAAGUUGCAAAGGCAUAGAUCACUACUUUACUCCCUACAAGUGGAAAUGCAACGGAGGAUCACCUUACUGUGUACCUACAAAAGGCCCACUUGGAGGACCGAAUAGCUGCGGCCAUCAACUGUGCGAAUGCGACCGAGAGUUUGUCGAAUGCCUGAAGCAGUACCCUUGUCCCAGGGCCAAAGCCAUGUGCAUGACAUCACCCUGGAGGUACUGGCAGAACCUCUUCAUGGGCAUGUCUAGUGGGAUGGGAAUGCACCACCCACCCCAUGAGGAACAUGCCCAUGACCAUCCCAAUGAAACUUUAUAAAAUCCUCGAAGGAUGAGCUGGUUGGGGCACCCUUGACAGAACCCACUACUUGAUUUAUCUUAGGACUCUCUUAUCAGAAAACCACUUCGAUGGCCUUAGCUUUCUCUAAGGUCUCCACAAUGAAUUCCAGUGGUAUCUCGAUAAUUUUUUGACAUUAUUUUAUUUUUCCGCUUACAUUCAUAAAUUUCUUUUAUAUAUAUCUGUAUGUUGUAUUUACCUCAGGUAGCAUUAGACACAAUUUUGUAAAUCUUGUGUACUUUUACAACAUUUAAAACAGGCUUUGAUAAAGCAUGUCCUGUAUAUUGUCUGUAUAUAGAAUGCAUGAGCUAUAUAGUCAUUUGUAAUGUUGACAUUUAUAAUCACCUUCUAAAUUCAC